AUGUCCCGUCGCGAUCGUGACACACGAGACGACCGUGAUCGCCGAAGAGGAGACAGAGGAGGCCGGGAGGAACCUGUCCCUGCCCCCCAAAGAGAAAGACCAAGACCAUCCAAGCAAAGGCAAGAUGCCUUGAAUGAGUUUUUCGUUAGUGGCGAGGGCAUCCAUCGCGAAGUCUUGCAGCGAGAGAUCUGCAAAUACCUUGGACCCGAGGCUUACUCGAGGCCCUCAACCUACAAUGGGAAUAACGGUUAUGUUAUCACUGCUGUCCGACCAUUCACAUCAAAGAUGUUAGAUGAUCUAAUCGAACUUUCCAACUUGUACGCCGCGGAGAAUCGUGAAAUGAGAAAAAGAGGCCAAGAUAUAUCCUACGGAGAAUCCGAAACCAGUCGGCGCCAGGAAAUGAGAACAGGUGCAGAAGAACCCCCGUAUCCCGAACGGUUUCCAUCCCAACCCACAUAUGCGGUGCCCCCUCCACAGCCUGCAUACUCGACUGGGGCUGGAUCUGCCGCAUAUCCAGGAUCUGUGUAUCCGUCAGGAUCGAGCUAUCAACCAGGCCCAAGCUUUCCAGCAACCUCAGGGUACUUAACCCCAGGACAUCUUGCUUCUAUCAGGCCUAGCACCAAUGAUUCAAAUUAUACCUACGGAGAUGAGUAUACCAAUCCGGGCCCUUCGUACAGGCAAGCAACCACAUACCCAGGUACAGGAGGAUACAGGGACCCCAGAGAAGAACCCAGGGCGUACUCCAGAGCAGAUCCUAGGGACACCAGGAUGGAUCCCAGGGAUCCUAGGUUGGAUCCGCGAGACCCAAGAUUGGAUCCGAGAGACCUCAGGAUGGAUCCUAGAGAUCCCAGGAUGGACCCUAGAGACCCCAGAUUAGAUACACGCCCGGAUCCCAGAACCAUACCUAGCUAUCCUUCCUACGGCGUGAACUCGCCUGGGGAUGUGUCAAUGCAUGGAGCUGUCGAUGAUCCUAGAGCCUAUGAUUACGUUUCCACAAUACCACCCCUUCAGUCUGGUAGAGGUGGGUCUUUUACUCCUUCCGGAGUUGUGCCACGUGGAUACGACCCGCGUGAUUCCCCUCAAAUGAGAGAUGGCUACAGGACCGAGCCCAUCCGGGAGGAACGUCGUUCUCGAAGAUAG